AUGGCGGCGGUAGCGGCAGCGCGGCCGAUGGCGGCGGCAGCGGCGGGCGGAGCAGCAGCGCGGUGCCUGCGGGGGGUCCGGCGCCUCCUGCCCGCGGGCGCCCGGCGGGAGAGCUGCGAGCUGGCCCGGCUGGCGGGGCCGGUGUUUGUUGCGCAGCUGCUGGGGCUCCUGAUCAGCGUGGUCAGCUCCAUCUUCUGUGGUCACCUGGGGAAAGCUGAGCUGGAUGCUGUGACACUGGCUGUGUCUGUUAUCAAUGUGACAGGCAUCUCCAUCGGUUCUGGUUUAGCCUCAGCCUGCAACACACUGAUGUCCCAGGCAUACGGCGGCAAGAACCUGAAGCAGGUGGGCACCGUGCUGCAGCGGGCAAUCCUCAUCCUGCUGCUGUGCUGCUUCCCUUGCUGGGCACUCUUUGUCAACACCGAGCAGAUCCUCCUGCUUAUCCGGCAGGACCCUGAGGUCUCCAGGUUAACUCAAGUCUAUGUGAUGAUCUUUAUUCCAGCUCUUCCUGCAGCGUUUCUGUACCAGCUGCAGACGAGAUAUUUACUGAGUCAGGCGAUCAUUUUGCCUCAGGUGUUGACAGGGAUUGCAGCCAACAUCCUCAAUGUGGCCAUGAACGCCUUCUUCCUCUAUGCACUAAAGCUGGGCAUGGUGGGCUCUGCCUGGGCUAACACAGUUUCCCAGUACACUCAGGCCAUUCUCCUCUUCCUUUACGUGUGGUGGAAGAAGAUCCACGUGGAGACCUGGGGAGGUUGGAGUAGGGACUGCCUCCUGGACUGGCACUCCUUUAUCCAUCUGGCAAUACCUGGCAUGCUCAUGAUGUGUAUCGAAUGGUGGACUUUUGAGAUUGGGAGCUUCUUGGCAGGGCUGCUCAGUGUGGUGCAGCUGGGUGCACAAUCUGUCAUCUACGAGCUCUCCUCUACAGCAUAUAUGGUGCCUGCGGGCUUCAGCGUGGCUGCAAGUGUCAGAGUGGGCAAUGCCUUGGGAUCUGGGGAUGCGGUGCAAGCCAAGACCUCCUGCAUCACCGCGCUGCUGUGCGCAGAAGCGUUUGCUGUGGUGGUUUCAGUGUUGCUAGGAACCCUAAAAGACGUGGUGGGAUACAUCUUCACCAGUGACAGGGAGAUUGUUGUCUUGGUGUCCAAAGUCAUGGUCAUCUUUGCUCCCUUCCACUUGUUUGAUGCGACAGCAGCGACCUGUGGCGGGGUGCUGCAGGGCACCGGCAAACAGAAGCUGGGUGCUAUCGCCAACGCCAUCGGCUACUAUGCCAUCGGCCUGCCCAUCGGCCUCUCGCUGAUGUUUGCAGCUGAGAUGGGAGUGUUAGGUCUCUGGGUGGGGAUGAUCAUUUCCAUCUCUUUGCAAGCCCUUUCUUUCUUGACUUUCAUCAUGCGCAUGGACUGGAAGAAAGCUGCAGAAGAGGCUCAGGUCCGAGCUGGACUGAAAAAACAACUGGAAGAUGUGAACUUCAGUGGCACAGCUGCUAACAAAAGAUCUGCUGUGGAUUAUGUCUCCAUGGACACGGACACUGUGGAGACUGUGGUCCUGCCUGAGAGCAUGGUGGGAGGCGAGACACAACCUGACCACCAGCUUAUCACACAAGAGGAGAUGGUCGACAUCCCUGCUGCUCCGGCUGUGGUGUGGAGAGCUGUGAUCAUCCGUCGUGUACUGGCUGCUGCUGCUGCCGUUGCUGUGCUGCUGGUGGGCAUACUGGUGCGGCUGCUGACUGGCAACGGCUAGAAGCAGUGGUGCUGGAGAGCUGUCCUCAGAGCAGGAGGGUGGUGUGGGAGAAGGAAUUCCCCCUCAGUUCCUUUUCAAGAGUCACUUUGCUCGGUUUCUGGUUAACUCGCAACGUUUUAUCCCACAUGUAGUGUUCUUAAAGGGGGGUGAGGGUGUGCCACCGAGGGAGGAAGUGCUACAGCUGGUUCUUCUCCUGCGCUGGGGAUGUCACUUGUCAUAGGUGGAAGUGGAUCCUGGGGCUGGUCCAGAAAGGAGUGGGGGAUUGUGUGCUGCUGCCCUGCAUCCUACUCCUUGGGGGCUUUUUGCCAUAUCAUUUGCUAGUGGCAGAGGCUCUUGGUGCCCACAGGCCCAGUCUCUACCUGCAUCUUGGUGUGGCAGAACCCACUUGCUGCCACUGCGGCAGCACAGAGCCAGGCUGAUGGUGGAAGCUGGCUGACUUCUCCGGCUGCUGCUGGGGCAUUAGGUGCUGGCUGCUGGCCUCACUCUCCCUGCUGUGUGGCAGGCACGGGGCCUAAAGCAACUCUUGUUUGCACUUUUGUAAGGUGGGAUUUGGAUACAAUAAAGUUUUCUGAGUAAA